CAUCGAUAUAAUCUCAAAAUGACGUUCUAGAUCUCUUAAAACUUUCUCUUAGUGAGUUUCUCUAUCUUUGUAACACGGCUUUAGCAGUUAUUAUACGCUAGAAGCAAGGCUGCAUUUGAUGGUUUAAUCUCAAGCAAACCACUCGAGCUAUCAGAAAUGGGAUGGAGAAGUUCGGCAAGUGCUGGUGUUUUGAUUGACUGUUGGAAGCAGGCCACACGUGAAGGGUUCAGAGAAGAGCUUUGAAAGAAAGGUGACUUUACAUCUAGACUACGGUUUGAAAGUUUGGGGUUGAGACCAUUAUGAAGUUGAAUGAGAGGAGCGUGGCACAUUAUGCCACAUGCAACUCUCCUCCAGACAAGACAGGCGUCCUCUUUAAGAAAGGGGAACGGAACACGGCGUACCACCGCCGCUGGUUUAUUCUGAAGGGCAACAUGCUGUUCUACUUCGAGGAGAGGGACAGCCGAGAGCCGAUUGGCGUCAUCGUCCUGGAAGGCUGCACGGUGGAGCUCUGCGAGUCGGAAUCCGAAGAGUUCGCCUUCGCCAUUAAAUUCGAUUGCGUCAAAGCGAGGGUCUACAAGAUGGCCGCGGAGAACCAGGCCACUAUGGAAUCGUGGGUCAAGGCUCUGUCCCGGGCGAGUUUCGACUACAUGCGGCUGGUCGUGAAGGAGCUGGAGAGGCAGCUGGAGGAGGUACAAGAAGAAGCCAGAUCUUCACAAGCCAAAAGCAAGCCGAAGAAGCACCAGACGCAAGUGCAAGGAGCAACAAGCUUCCAACCCGCAACCUUUUCGCUACAGAAUGCCGCCAUUACGGGGCCUUCGCAGGAAGGGAUGUCUAGCAGAGAAAAUGGGGUUUCUUGGAGUAAACCCACCAGCGUGCCAAACGGUGUCAGCGAGGGCUGCGUCUGGGAAGGGGACUGCGGGAGGGGGGAUGGAGUCAAACCACCUCCGGUACCUCCGCGGAGGAAGACCAACGGCGGGUCACUCGAGAGCCCUGUUUCACCCGGCACAGGCUGCUUCUCCAAACUACACGACUGGUACGGCAAAGAGGUGGCUGAACUGAGAAUAGAAUGGCUGCAGAGCCAGUGAAUGAAAUCCACAAGAGACUCGAAAUAUACAUCCGCACACAAGACAUGCUUAGUGCAAUCUCGGUUAAAGGCAUAAUAGGUCAAAUUCAUCUAAAAACAAAGAGAGCAUUAGAAUGAUAAUCACUCGUCCACUGUUACUGAUGUUUUUUAUUUCAUUAAACAAGACCAAGCCAUUUUUUAAAGGAACAUUCUGUCAUUGUUUAUUCACCCUCAUGUCUUUCCAAACCUCUCUAGAAAAUCUAGUUUAAAAGUUUUUAAAUACAGGAGGGUACAAUAAAUGUUUUAUCAACUGUAUGCACCAAUGUGACAAAGUAAACGGCAAUAGUAAAUAGUGCAACAGCAAUAGUGCAAUAUUUUUCAUUGUUUUAAAAACCUGAAAGUAUGCUGAAAAUGUACUCCC